AGUAAAAGUACAAAUAAAAGGUAGUACUCCUAAGCUAAGCCUCACGUUGUCUGUCGGAUUUUCGGUGACUCACAUUCAAGCUUUAAACAUUUUGGAUUAUGAGGGAAGAAAAUGACCACACUAAGAGUCAGCAGAUCACUAGUGUCUGGGUGCGGGACCCGCGGAUACAAAAGAAUGAUUUCUGGCACGCCUACAUAGACUAUGAAAUUUGUUUACAUACCGACAGUGUGUGCUUCACCAAGAAGACCUCGAGUGUAAGACGGCGGUACAGCGAGUUCGUAUGGCUCAGACAGAAACUGCAAGCAAAUUCACUGCUGAGGGUACGGCUUCCAGAGCUGCCCCCUAAAAACCCUUUUUUCAGUCUGAACAACGCCAGGCAGAUCGGUGAUCGCAUGAAAGGGCUCCAGAAGUUUUUGGAACAGAUCCUUCAGAGCCCUCUGCUGCUGUCCGACAGUUGCCUGCACCUUUUCCUACAGUCACAGCUCAGCGUGGCCAAAAUGGAGGCCUGCGCUGCCGGACGGACCCACUACUCCGUGGCCCAGGCCGUCGAGCGCUGUGGCCUGAGGAGGUUCCACUCAGUGGAGGACCUGCAGAAGGACCUCAGCAUGUCGUGUGACUCUGACUCAGAUAGCUCAGAGUGCAGAGACCCAGAACACAAGAUUAAAGAUUUAGGAAUAAACAAAUCAAAGAGUUCAGCUUUACUCGAUCUCAUGGGAACCAGUCAGGAGGAAACACUAAGCUGUUCGUCUGGUUCUACAUGAAAACAUCAUCUUCGUGCUGUUGGCAGAAUGUCGGAGUCUACUCACACUGGCAUCUCAUAAAAACUUUUUGUUUCUGAGAAUAAGAAAGCUACCUGUUACCCUGUCGUACUGCAUUUUUUGGUUGCACGGUUGCUCCAAAUGAUUUCAUUUCUAAACACAUGUUCUCAGUAAGACAAUCUGUUUUGAAAAAAAGGAGUGUAAAUUGUAGUUUUAAUGUAUUAUUUGCAUAUUUUGCACUUUAUCCUUCAAGUCUUGUCAGUGUGCUGUCUGCUUAAGUUGUGUCUACAAUUUGCCUAAAGAUGGCAGUGUUGUUGCAUGUAUCUGUUUGUGUGUUCACAUGCUGUAUCUGUCUACAUGUGCUUCAUAAACAAACUUCACAGAAGCAUCUUGACUUUUGCUCAUUCGUGCUGUGAAACCGGCCACAUGUGUGCGGAUAACAAUGUAAUAUGUUCAGCAGUGACAGAAUAAUGCCUCUCCCACUCCUAAUAAAGUGGGGGAGCUUGUCAUCUGGUGGCCACUGCAGUGCUUAGCGGUGUGACAUGUAUAAUAGGGUCUCUGCAGGGUUUUUCAGACAGCCCCCCUGUCAGGUGUGAGGCUGGUAGGAGAGUCCUGUAGGAUCCCAAUGGACUCGCUCCUGUCUGAGAGGGCCACCAGGUAGACAGGCUACAUUGCUCCCUGCUGAACAAAACGCCAGCUGCACUGACAAGCCACCCUUUCUAUCUGCCUCCCUUGCUUUGUGUUCGCUCGCUCGUGUCUUUGCAUGUGUGUGUGUGCGUGUAUGUUCUCCCACAGUGAGCACCAUCACGCUUAUGCAGAGGUAAUGACCACUAAACAGAGCGAAGGCAAACUGACAUUUCUGCAGCGCUAAUUAGAUUAGCUGUUCCUCUCUGCAGCGGCCGUGUGAUUCAUUAUAAAUUCAGAACAGGAACAGACAAUAGGCUUAUGUUACAGAGAGGUGACGUCACCUCAGACCCUCUCUGAGCAGCACAGCGGUUUGGGAAACAGAAAGCCCAUAAACUCAGACUUGGGGGGUGGGAUGUCUUUCCUGAAGAUGUGUGGGUGGAGAUCUAUGUAUGCUAAUGCGGUACAUGCAUGUGCCACCUUUGUCACUGCCUGUCAGUACCAUCCUGCAGCUUCAAACACGUGCACAAGGGCUGUCAGUGCUGCAGAUGUUUGCUUUUGCUGGAUAUUCAAAAGAAGGUUUAUGUCUCUUAAUAUACCCACGAAACACGCAUAGGGUGGUAAAAUUAAGCAGUUUUACUCUAAAGCAUGCACAUUAUCAUCUGAUUGUUAGAUUCUUUUGCAUCUUUUACUUGUCCUUCUGCAAAAAAAAACAACUUUCUAAGAUAAUUUUAGCAGUUAGUCAUCAAAAAAAUGUUCUAUUCAGUUCUAAUUUAUAUAUUUGAAUUAUAUUUGACUGACAUAAUGUCUGUAAACUCUCUGAUAUAUACACAAAUCUGUCUAAAAAUAAUAAUACAUUAAAAUAUGACCUAUG